AUGUGGGAGCGUCUGGCUAGUGCGGUUCUCCCACCUCAUCCCGAUCCACGAACGGAUGCUUAUCCACUGAUGGGAUCAUGGCCACCCACUGCCCUCAUCUCCCUGGCUUAUGUGGUGGGUGUGUACGCAUGGCGAAACGAGUUGCUGAAAAAACGUUGCAAGGUGCAGCAAAAGGGCACAAAUUCCAGUACGGCGGCCGCCACCAAAGAUAUGCAGACCAACUCCUGGGGUUUUGUCAAAUGCCUGAUGGUGCUGUACAAUUUCAUAAUGGUCCUGUACUCCGCCUAUAUGGUCAUUGGCACGCUCGGGACCGUGUCAAAGUUGGGCUACGGACUGGGGUGUGAAACUCAACCGGAUCCGAACGACAGACAAACGGACAGCCUGCUGUAUUUUGGAUACUUGUUCUACUUUUCAAAAUUUGUCGAAAUGUUGGAUACUGUGUUUUUCUUGUGGCGCGGGAAAGUUGAUCAGGUGACUUUCCUGCACGUGUUUCACCACGCGACAAUGCCACCAUCCAUUUGGUGGGGAAUCCGGUAUGCACCCGGUGGGAUUGUAUACACCUUCCUCGUGGCCAACAGUUUCAUCCAUGUCAUUAUGUACACCUACUACGGUAUGGCAGCGGCUGGACUCUACAAGUACCUGUGGUGGAAAAACUAUCUAACCAUUGCGCAAAUGAUCCAGUUCGUGUUCCUCAUCGUCCAUCAAAGCCAAAUCUUUAUUCGAUCCACACCAUGCAACUAUCCCAAAGUGUUCCCCGCUGCGAUCAUCUUCUACGCCAGCGUAUUCCUAGUGCUGUUUGGAAAUUUCUAUGUGCAAGCGUACUGGCGCAAACAGCGCCUGGCGAAACGCAUCCAGCGUGCCACGGCAGCCGCCGAAUGCACCAACGGAACCAAGCCCAUGGCGAACGGUCACGUGAUGCAAAACGGGACGGUUACAUCCAAUGGAUAUGUGCCAAAUGGGGAUCAGGCUCGAGCACGGAAACGACACGAUUAAGCCGAUUUUGGAAGUCAUGUGCACACAACAGAUUGGAAGAACACCGCUAUUGUUACCCAGUCACCCGCCCACAACUGGUCUCUAAGACAUAUCGACAAUGAUGCACUUACCUCCAAUAUACAUAUACAUACAUAUAUAUACAAAUUCACGUAAGCACAUCCACAACAGGCAUCAGCCACCCAUCCCCCAUCUGGUUCGGACUGAGACACUCCGAGUGUUCACCCUUGUUCAUCUUCACCUCGUCCCACAUGUAUCCUCGUUCAUGAUUCCAACAUUACUGUUCAAGGAAGUCCCACUCCGUUUCCGUUGCCUCUCUGCGACCCCAUUGCCUGCCAAUUCAUGUGUUAACCAACAACCAACCAACCACACAGGCACUCCGUCAAGUAGCAACAAGGCUAACUCUAUUUUUCUUUCAACGGAGGAUGUUCUAUUGAAUGCUGCUAACGUUGCUGUUACAGUAGUAGGUGAUACUAAUUGAACAAUCACAAACAGCUAUCCUGUUCUCUAAAAUGUUUCGUGGGGGUUGCCGUAGGUUGAUAAGGGUCAGGCUUGACUAUCGAUUUUGUAUGGGAUGAAUUCAGCUGGGUGCUGGCACUUCAACAUUCCUUCAGAAUUGUGUUGGCUAUGAGAUUUGUUGGAAAAUUGCAACCCCCG